AUGGCUUCAAGGUCAGCCGCUGCUCUUCAACGUGCCGGCCAAAAUGCAUACAAAGUUGGUGAUCUCCAAGGCGCCAUUGAGUCCUUCACCCAGGCAUGGGUGGCAAAUAACGAGGAUACUAGUAUCCUGGAUAAUCGUGCCGCCACCUAUUGCAAGCUAAAGCAGUACAGCCAAGCCCGCGCUGAUGCGAGAGCAAUGGUCAAGCUUGCACCGAAUGACGACCGUGGAUACCUGCGAUUGGCCAAGAUACUAUGCCUAGAUGGGAACUUUGACAAGGCCCGUGACAUCUACGAAUAUGCCCUCCAGAAACUUCCAACCGAUCACCCUGGCCGCAAGGCCAUCGAGCAGUUACUUAGAAGACUGCAGGAUAAGCUGGCAGGAGGGAACCGGCGCGACCCAUUUAUGGUCCUGCCACUAGAAAUCGCAGAACUCACACUUCAGCGCUUGCCUUUCAAACAGAUUGUGGCAAUGCUACGUGUCUGCAAAGGAUGGAACCGUUUUCUGAGCGGUCUAGCCAGCUUAUGGAUGCAUCUUGACCUCACUGGAGCUAGACUUCGUGUACCUUGGACAUCCGUCCGAAACUACAUCCAUCGAUCGCGCGCGCAACUGACUAAUGCCACGAUCACAAAUAUCCCACCCUCUACUAUGACUAAGGUGCUUGAUAUGCUAAGCAGAUGCCCCCAAUUAGAGCACUUGGAGGUGGCGGUUCCCCAUGACCAGCCUAAACAGUUUUACUCGAAAAUCCAAGAUUUUCGACAUCUCAAGAGUAUCGUCUGUGGGGCAGACAUCAGGCUUUCGCAUGCAAGUGUUGGGGGCAUUCUAUCUACCCUCUCGAAACUUGAGAGAGCUGCUUUUUUGCAUGUUUGGGAUCAUUCUAACAGAGGACCCCAGACAUGGCCCCAGCAUCUUCCAAAUAUGAAAAGUCUGACUAUUGCAUCUUCACAAGAAAAUAAUCAAUUUUUGAGCUUCCGGGAUGUACUUCCGGGGUUGGGAUUGUCUGUGUAUCCCAAUCUAGAGGAAUUGCGGCUGGUCUGGGAUCCCGCGCGAUCACAAUCAUACCGGUUUGAUCCGGUGAAGGAGGAAGAACAACUUCCCCCGCUCCGCAUACUUGAUCUUCGGGGCGCGGCGGUCCAACAUAAUUUCUAUUCAAUCCUUCCAACCAGCCUUGAGACUCUACGGUUGUUUUCAGGGUCCAUCGAGGCUUCUCAUCUUGGUGGGAAUCUGUUGACACCGGGAGAGAAUGAACUCCCGAAUCUAAAGACCUUGGUAUUCAAUGAUACCCCAUGGGUCAACCGCUCCACCCUUUCCUUAUUCCUACUCCAUUCGAAGGCUCCCCUCCGAACUCUUCACGUCAACCUUUGCCACAACAUCAAAAGCGAAGAACUCCUUAAUGUGCUCAACGAUUCCAACGGAGCGAAUCCAGAAUUGAAAGAAUUGACUGACGUCGGAGUUGCCUGCAUGGCGGGCAUGGACGAUACCAGUGUCAAAAGUCUGUGGGUAACAUUGCCAAACCUGAAAAUCCUCGACUUGUCGCAGACGAGAAUUACCGGCUGUACCAUUCGCAUGUUUGCGGAUACCUGGACUGAAGGACCAGCCACCGCAAAGCUCGAAGGCUUAAUUAUAAAAGGAUGUGACGAUGUGUCUCGGGAUGCAAUUGACUAUGGACGGCAAAUGGGACUCAAGAUUGUCACUUAG